GGCGCCGGGUGGCGGCCCUGGACGUGCGGGCGGCUCUCUGGGCCGGCCGCGGCGCCUCGGCCCUGCCCUCUCGCUCCCGCGCUCGCUCCCGCCCUCCCGGCGCUCCGGGAGCUGCGCGCGGGCCCGGCCCGGGGCAGGGCAGACAUGGGCGCCAAGCAGAGCGGCCCGGCCGCGGCUAACGGCCGCACUCGCGCGUACUCGGGCUCGGAUUUACCUUCCAGCAGCAGCGGAGGGGCCAAUGGGACCGCGGGCGGCGGCGGCGGCGGCGGGGCCCGGGCCGCGGCCGCGGGGAGGUUUCCGGCUCAGGUGCCCGGCGCGCACCAGCCCAGCGCCUCGGGCGGCGCCGCGGCGGCCUCGGCUGCCCCGCGCAGCCGCUCCCUCGGCGGGGCCGGGGGGAGCGUGGCGUCGGGGGCCCGCGGCGCGCAGUCCUCCUUCAGCAUCCCCAACAGCAGCAGCGGCCCGUACGGCUCGCAGGACUCGGUCCACAGCAGCCCCGAGGACGGCGGCGGCGGCGGCAGGGACCGGCCGGCCGGCGGGGGCCCCGGCGGGCCGCGCCUGGUGAUCGGCUCCUUACCAGCUCACCUCUCGCCGCACAUGUUUGGAGGAUUUAAGUGCCCUGUAUGCUCAAAAUUUGUACCCUCAGAUGAAAUGGAUUUACAUCUUGUGAUGUGUUUAACAAAGCCAAGAAUAACCUAUAAUGAGGAUGUGCUGAGUAAAGAUGCUGGGGAAUGUGCAAUAUGCCUUGAAGAACUGCAGCAGGGGGAUACUAUAGCACGACUGCCGUGUCUGUGCAUAUAUCACAAAGGCUGCAUAGAUGAAUGGUUUGAAGUAAAUAGAUCUUGCCCUGAGCACCCUUCAGAUUAAGCGUCAGCUUCUUGUUUUAUAGAUGCUUGAAAAACCAAGAGGAUAUGAGGAUCUGUCUCUGGAAAAACAAAAACAAAAACACAGGCAUACGCAGCCAGAAAUUUGAGUUCUGUGAGACUCGGAAAUGCAGAGAUGGACAAUCAUACAGGAAAAAAUCCUGCUGAAGAGAGGACAAUUGCUGCAGGACUCAGUGUACCAAACAUGCGUGUAAAGGACACACAGGGAUUUUGGAAAUGCUGCACAUCCCUUAAUAGUUAUCUACGUAGGUAAUACUGAUAAACAUUUUGUAUUCAGACGCCAAAGUUAACUGAUUUAAAAGUUGAUUUACUUUUUAUUAAGUUCUCUAGAGCUGCGCAACUCGUUGUGUUUUAAUUGGUUUUGUUUUUUAGUUUGGGGUCUCUUUAUUUUCCCCCAACAUGAUGUUUCUGCCUUCAUCUAUUCUUAAAUAAUUUAACAACACAUGAUUUACUUCUUAUAAAGUCUUAAAUGUGAAACCAAGAAAUGUAAUCAAGCAGUAAACAUUCUCUGAAUGUAGACCGUGAUCUCAAGUUCUGCGAUUCUUUUCCCCAAGAGUGGAAAAUAGACUUCUACAUAGGAAAGCUAAAAUAUGUUAAUAUUUUAAAUUAAAGGCUUAACAUUAUGAGAAUGCAGUCCAAAGAAUAAAUCAAGUUACAUAAUUACAUUUGAAUUAAUUAAAUCUACGAUUGUCUACUGAAUUGCAGUUUAUGAAAUACAUUGUUUGCUCUUAUAACUGCUGAACAGUUAAUCGGCAGUGAAUCAUCUUGCUAUGCAACUUUUAAAAAAAAAGAAUUACCAAUUUUAAGUGCUGCCAGCUACAGUAACUUUGUUUUAACGGGUAUUUUUGUUUGUUUUUUUCAUGUAAUUAUUUUAUUGUGCUUUGCAUCUCCAGGCAGUUUUCCCACAUUUGGGUGAAAUGUUUAGCAGGUCAUAAACUUAAUAACUUAUGAAAAGGGUAAAAUAAAAUUUUCUUGAGUGGAACUUGGAAUAAUUUGAGGGACAUUUUAUAUACUUUUAAAAAUCAGAAUUUAAUUGGGAUGCCAGAUUUAUAGCAAUUUGCAUCUUUAAUUUUCCAGAUAAUCUGGAGGUUAGUGUUUGAUAAAUGAUUUUUUAAAGCAAAUAUGAAGAUUUUGUUAAUUUAUAAUUUAUUAAUGUGUUAUUACUGUAAUUGAAGAUGUUAUAGAGAGUUUUAAAUUCAGUCUUGUUUAGAAAGAAAUGUAUUAAGCAAAAUUAUGUGAAUAAAUAUUCCCACAAAAUUCAUCUGAAUGGUUAAAAAUACUGGAAGAGAGCUAUCAGGGCUAUAGUAGUGAAAUUUUUUUUUUUUUUUUAAUAUCGCAAAUACCAGUAAGUAGAUUUCAUGUUUUCAACACGGGGAAAAUGUUAUCAGUGAACAUUUAAGCAGUGCACUUUACUCAAUGUAAUUGAAAGUUGCACAGUACUGUUUCCUUGUUUUAAGCUUUCUUUAUACUCUAAUGUAUUUAAGUAUAUGCUUUUCUAUUUAAUGCUGCUACCCUUAUUCUUCUCAAAUUUUUUCCCUUCAAGCUUUCUUUAUACUCUAAUGUAUUUAAGUAUAUGCUUUUCUAUUUAAUGCUGCUACCCUUAUUCUUCUCAAAUUUUUUCCCUUCUCUAUUGCUUCUGUUUCAUAUUUCUUAAAAGGGCACAUACAGGAGCAACUGCUGCUACCCAGAAAAAUUUGUGUAUUAUAAACAAUUAAAAGAGUUUAUAAUUGCUUUCUGUGUGAUUCUAGACUGGAUAACAUUUUCCCUAAAGUUAUGCUGUGAAAUGCCUUUUGUUAUGCUGCAAUUGAUAAAAGAAUCCAAAACCUCCACGUGACAGCUUGACAGCACAGUUUCCUAGGUGCUUUUUAAACCAGUUUUGGAAAAUAUUCUUCCCUCAAGGAAAAUAUUCUUUCUUUAGACUUUUUUCUGUUAUCAUGAUAUCUUAAUAUGAAUCCAUUUUAUUCACAUUUUCAAUUUUGUAAGCUUUUGCACAUACACACACACACACCAGGAAAAACCUCUUAGAAUGUGAAUAAUUCAUUUUCUUUCUAUUACUGCUAUAUUGUUAUGGUAAGAAUUACUUUGUUGUCUUCCAUUCUUAAAGGAAAAGAUUUACUAUAGUUGUGGUAGUUAACUGUUAAUAUUCUCCUGGAAGUUGAUUUUCUGAUAUAGUUUUCUCAUUGACUUUUUAAAACUUAGUGGCUGAAGUUCUCUUUUCCUUCCUUAUCCUGUACCAUACUCUCACAGUGUGGUUCACUUGGCCUCUGUUUGUUGUAAGGUUCUGUGCUGCAGCUGGUACAAUAGAAGCUCCUGUGGUUUAAAAGCAAGUUCAGUGUUUGUCAGUGUCAAGUGCUACUUGAUUAUUACAUUUGUCUAGAACAGUAUUUACUUAAAUCUGUUUAUAGCAAUCCAUUUUUGUUAAAAUUUACAAAAAUUAGCAAUUUUUACUUUAAAUUCAGUUUCCACCAGUAUCUUCCCAAAAAGAAUUUAGAAAUUGAAAAGAAAAUGUUUUUAAAGCCCAGAUGCUCCAGUGUUUAUUCAAAGCCAGAGUUGCCAUUCUGGAAAAUAUUAUAAGUAAUAUUUUACACAGUAUCACUUAUAAUAUUUGUAAAUCUGUAUGUGGACACUGACUAAGUAGAACAUAAAAUCACAUUAGAUAUUUACAUAUGUAGCUGAAACUGCUGACAACUAAAUAUUAUGGAGACAGAUAUUGAAAGCCUAGGUUACCAAGUUGGUUAUAACUUUCUAGAAUCUUUGUAAAUACCUAUUCUCAAAUAAGAUCACAGUUGCGUAUAUAGAAAGCAAUAUGUUCUGAAGUUUCACUUUAGUGCCACUCUUUUCUUCAUGAUGGGUUUAUUGCCAAUUUUGACUCAUCUUACUUUGAUCUGGCUUUUUUUUUUUUUUUGCCAGAAUGUAUGAGAGAUAGUAAAAUUAUUCUUUCUUUUGGCUCUUUGCCAGAGAAAUAGACUAAGCAUAGUCUUAAUCUGUGUUUUUCAGAUCUGAUUAUAAAUCAGAUACAGAUUGUCUAAGAGCAGUGUUUGUGAUUGAAAUAUAAAUAAUGUUUCUGUUACUGAAGUUGUUUUGUGGUAGUGGAAACAACAUUGAAAAAGUCGUGUUGUUGACUGUUGCAUACUAUACAAGUUUUAAUUUCUUAGUGUAAGUCUUAUAUUUCAUUUAAAUGUUACACAGUUAUUUCAGUUCUCACCCACUAAACACUUUACUAGAAUGUAGCCCAAAAAUGCCUGAGAAGCACCCUCAGUAUAUUUGUAGUAAGUAUUUUGAAAAGAUUUCAGUUUAAAUGAGUUAGUGAAAAUGGAAGAUUCCUUUUCAAAGCUUAUUUUACUUUCUAAAUUUGGUUAUAGUGAAGUUUCAGAGAAUCAUUUAAAUUAACAUAGCAAGAUAUAGGGAUAUAUCUUUAAAUGAAAAAGAUUGUAAAUUCAAUGUAAAUAUUAUUACCUAAUUUUAUUUAUUAACUUGGAGAGUUGAAGAAGGGAAAUUUCCUAACAAUGAGCCACAUUUGAAGAAAGCAUGAAACUCCUUUUUUAAAAUUCAAGAAUAAUUGAAUUUACCAUCUGACUGACAUCCAUAUUACUGCAUUGAUAAUAAUAUCCAAAUCAUCUUAUUCUUUCACAGAGGAAGUUUCCAUAUAAAUCAGAUUAUUGGGAACUUUGUAAAACUACAUAGAGGUAAAUGUUGCUUAUUAAAUACGAGUACAGUUUGUUAGUUGGGCCAUUUUCUUGCAGUUUGGUUUAUCCUGAGGUGAGCUAAAUACAUAUUGACAGUGGGUGGUUAAAUGUGAAGUGUCCCUUGUUCUUGUAUGGAUAUUUUCUAAGUUAGGAAAAAAAACUAUAGCAUGCCAACAUUUUGUCUUUGGCCCUUUCCACCUUUUUCUGAAGUAUGUAACUUCUGAUUUUUUUCUUUGCUAUAUUGUGAUUAACAGUAGUUAAAUUAAUCUGUUUUACUGUCUACUUUUCUUCUCUACCCAGAUCUUUUCAUUCUGAAAUUAAAUUGCUACUUGGCUUUCUUUAGAGGAAAUUGCUACUUGGUAUACUCCUAAUAGUGAUUCUUAUUCUGUAACAGCUGAUAAAACUUUUUUGGUAGUAACUUACCCAGACAGCAUUUUAAGUACCAUAUUCUGUGAAUGCUGUGCUUAAGCUAGGAAACAGAAUGUUCUUUUUAAAUCACAGAAUUCCUGUGUUGAAUGGGAGAUACCCAGUCUUCUAAGUCAGCUGAUUCUUUAUGGAAAGUAAAAGGCAUUGAAGAAAACCAGAUAGGUUAAUAUUUAGUUUUAGUUGAAAGUGCAACAUUACUAUACUUAAGGGAGUUGGUAUAUUUUCAGAUAUUUAAGCUAUCACUAAUUUUAGACCAGUGGCUAAUAAUAAGAUGGAUUGUUGGUUGCUUACUUAGAGAGAGACAAAGAGCAGCAUGGCAUGAACUCACAUCCCGGAAAUAAGUGAAAUUUUAAAAAAUGAUACUGUGCUAUCUCUUAACCAAAGUUGUGCUUCUUAGCUCUGCCCUGGACUGUAAGGCACCUGUCAGGACUCCAAGUCUUAGAACUGGAAGUGACUGAUUUCUCCUAUUACUGAAUUCUCAUGCCUUCCUUUUUUGAUUUGGUGUACUGAGGUUGAUAGGUACUGAUGAUUUAUGUUUACAAACUUAACAGUUCUGACGGACCCUGCUACCAGUGAACCAGAUUCCAGCAUUUGGAAAAGGUUUCAUUAUUAGUCAAUAGCGUUUUGAGCACCUAUAUGCAAAUAAUACAGUUAGCAGACCCUAGAGGCAGAUACAAAAGAGAUUUUGGAAUUUGAUGAUGAUAAUUGAUCUUUAUUUCAGCAAUCCAUUAUAUUUUAUUUCUUUGCAAUGACUAUUUGAGUUUCAUUGUUUGAAAAUCAAGAUAAUAAUAGAUAUUUAUCUCUAUUGCUUUGUUCAUGAUUUCUACAACUCUUCUGUAAUACCUCUUAAUUUCCUCUAUUAGAAAGUAUUUUCCUGUUAAAUAAGGUAUCAAAAGCGUCAAUCACAAGAAAUAUAGAAAAUGUAUUAAGAGCAACUUGUAUGUUCUAAACUAGAAUGGAACAACUCAUUAUUGAUAUUUUAAUAAAUAAGACUUUCAAAUGA